AUGGCUAUUAUAAUUCCGAGGACAGGGUCACAUCUUACACUAUUUACCCGCUCUUUGUGCAGCAAUUUUCGUAGAUGCUCUUCCGUCAGCAAUACAUAUCUACCUGCUCCAAGGACUCAGAUUUAUUCCCAUUUUGAACAAGUGUCUCAAAUGUCAUCAGUUAUUGGCAAAUUUAUAACCUAUCCUGAAAAUGAAUUUUCCCUUUUCAUAGAACCAUUUCUCAAAGUCGAGUUAGUAGAAGAACUUAAAACCUUUGGUGACCUGUCACUUCUGAUUCGGAAACCAACAAUUAACAUGAUUAAGGACGUAAUUAACAUUCGAGAUUUACAGAAAGAAAGUUUCAAAAAGGAACCUGACUCUAAAUCCGUCGCACUAGCUAAAUACUGUGUUCCACGCUUUGUACUUUAUGGCCAACCGGGGACUGGUGUUUCAGUCAUUUUGGGACAAAUUAUGUGUUUCGCCGGUAGAGAAAAAUGGCUUAUAUUUCCGUUCACGAGUUGUGAAAAUUUUCUGGAACCAUCAAAUGACAUUGCUCCUAGCAAUGAGUAUCACUAUAACCAACAUCGUGAGAAUUUCGCGGGUGAUGCUUUUGAUUUCCCAGCUCGUUCUGCUGAAUGGCUUAAAGUCUUUUUACAACUUAACCGACCAUUGUUUGAAAAGUUAAAACCAGUUGUAUCUCGACAAGUAGAAUGGACCAAAAAAGACAUAAUGCCCGAAGGAACAUCUUGGGUAGAUUUAAUAAAUUUUGGCAUCGCCAGGACCAAAUACGCAACGGAUUGUAUUGGAAUUUUAUUAAGAGAGAUGCGUCUACUAUCAUCUACUCCUGAUGGCCCUCCUUGUUUAUUGGUCAUCGAUGGUGUAAAUUUCCUGUGGUGUCGCGGUACUUUAUUAAAGGAUAAAACUCUUUCGGUUAAUGUUACUACUGAUCGAUUGGCAAUUGUACAUCAUUUGAAACGUGCACUGAGGGGAGACUGGCGUCAUGGUGUCAUAGUUACCUCUACAAAUAUUCGGGCGGCUUGGCCUACAGAUAGGGAACAAUAUACUCCUGGUUAUCUAUUGGGGAAAUCCGGUUUCGAAUAUAUGGAUCCAUUCAUUCCUGUUCACGUUGAAAAUUACACCCCAACAGAAAUUAAUGCCUUAUUAAGAUUUUAUGCAGAGAAUAAUUGGCUUACAAAUCCCGCCGCUUUUACACCAAACGGACAAGCUGAAUUAAUAUUUUUGUCUGAUUACAAUCCUCUGGAACUUAGCCGUUUGGCUGCUGAAUGGUAG